AUGGAAGAAAUAAAUAAAUCGUUAAACCCACAAAAUGAAAUACUAUACGAAAUUAGAAAAGCUCAAGAAAACUAUGAGAAAUCUCCAAAGUCCAAAAUUAAUUUAGGAUACUUGCAGACGCGUUUAGAAACAUUGGAGUUGAAAUGGAAUUCAUUCAAAACUACUCAUGAAUACCUUGUGCAAGAAACACCUAUAGAAUCAAGAAGUGUCUUAAGCUAUUUUAACGAUGAUUUGUAUGAGACCUGUGAACUUGUGUGUACUUUUGUACUUUUGUAA